UGCCCUGUCUCUCUCUCUCUCGCUCUCUCUAAAGAGUCUUAAACAUUCAGACAGGAGCGGACGUCGCCGGAUCCGCUCUGAAUUCUGCACUAUCUCCGGCGAACUCCCACGCAGAAACCGCCCUUCCCGAUGCUGUCCAUGCAAUAAAUUGCCCUUCUUUAUUGUACCAUCCAUUUCGACUCCUCUUCUUUCUUUCUUCUGCUUCUUCCUCUUCUCAUAGUCUUUGGCGACCUAAGAGCGCAGUCACACGUGCUGCAGACGGAGCAUUGAGCUCAUGAGUGGAAGAAGGGGAAGAGGAAAGAGAACAAGAAGAAGAAGAGAGAGGUGUCUGAGCUAAGGAGUCCGACAAUGGAGAAAAAGAGGAGAGAAUAUGGUAUAUUAGAGUUCUUCAUCCUCCUCUUCUUCCUUCUUGAGAGCUCAAUGGCUAGUGGUCUGGAGUUCAAUUUCACCAAGCAUGUCAAUACCUUCAGAUUAGCGAGGAUACAGAGACAUUUGAACAAGAUUAACAAGCCUGCGGUUAGGACAAUACAGAGCGUAGAUGGGGACACCAUCGACUGCGUUCAAAAGCACAACCAGCCUGCUUUAGACCAUCCGCUGUUAAAAAACCACAAGAUUCAGAAUGUACCUACAGUCAUGCCAAAACCGAACCUACAGAGUAGGAACUAUUCUGGCAGCGGGUUUCUGGCAAGAAGGGCAUGGCAGACUUGGCACGGAACAGGGCACUGCCCCCGCGGAACAGUUCCCAUCCGAAGAAGCUCUGUGAACGAUGUCUUGAGGGCCAAGUCCACGUUUCAUUAUGGGAAGAAGAAGGUGGUUCGGCCUCUAAAUCAACAAUCAAGAUCCACCGAGGCGCCUGAUGUUGUUAGCGGCAACGGACACGAACAUGCAAUUGCAUAUACUGGAAGUGGGGAGUUCUAUGGGGCAAAGGCCACCAUCAAUGUAUGGGAUCCUUCCAUUGAUGGGUCCAAUGAGUUCAGCCUCUCACAGAUGUGGGUUCUUUCUGGGUCCUUUGAUGGGUCUGAUCUAAAUAGCAUUGAGGCCGGUUGGCAGGUUAGCCCUGAACUUUACGGUGACAGCAGACCAAGAUUAUUCACCUACUGGACGAGUGAUGCAUACCAAGCAACAGGAUGCUACAACCUCCUCUGCUCUGGGUUUGUGCAGACAAAUAGCAGAAUAGCCAUUGGAGCAUCGAUAUCGCCUGUUUCUUCAGAUUCAGGCGAUCAGUAUGACAUCACCAUUCUCAUCUGGAAGGAUCCGAAAUUGGGGAAUUGGUGGUUGAGCUUCGGCGAGAACAACCUGGUGGGCUACUGGCCGGCGGAGCUCUUCACGCACCUGGCGGACCACGCGGAGAUGGUGGAGUGGGGAGGGGAGAUCGUGAACACGAGGCGGAACGGGCAGCACACGUCGACGCAGAUGGGCAGCGGGCGGUUCGCGGCGGACGGGUUCCGCCACUCCGGCUACUUCCGCAACAUAGAGGUGGUGGACGGCGACAACAGCCUCAGCCCCGUUGGGACGCUCUCCACACUCGCCGAGGACCCCCACUGCUACGACAUCGCCAGCGCUUCCAGCGAGGCGUGGGGCAAUUACUUCUACUUCGGUGGACCAGGGAGCAACCCCCUCUGUCCUUGAAAAAGAAAAAAAAAAAUACAAAGAAUCUACUCUUCUUUUUUCCCUUUUUAUUUUUUUUACUGUCUAAUUUAAUUCUUUUUCCUUAAAAAAAAUCCCUCCUCCUCUCCUUCUCUCUCGUGUAACAUAUGGACUUUAGUAUAUGCUAUGAAGGAUAAACAAUUAAGAGUAGGCCAGGUCUAUGUUUUCGCUUAAAUUCUGCAUGGAUUAAGUUUAGUUUUGUAUUAAAGAUUGUUUAAACAUUUAUAAAAAGAUUACCUAAAUGUUUCUAUAGA